AUGGGUCGGGGUAGAGCGAAGGGGAAGAAAUUAUCAGUAACUAACCAGGAUGAUCCUGGGAGCGGCGAGGAUGAGAAAAUUCCUGCACAGAAGAGAAGGGGAAGGCCACAGAAAUCACUUAAAGACGAGAUAGAUGAGGUCAAAGCACAGAAAAUAGGAGAUGAAGAUAGUGAGGAUACGGCAACUGGUAUGCUGAACAAAGAAAUGAGAGGUUCAAAUGCGACACAGAAUGGGAAUAAAAGAAAGAAGAAUGGCCAAUUGAAGGAGAAAGCUGAUUCAGUUGAAGAUGAAAAUGAAAAUGGGACUAGAUCAAGCACUGAGGACUCGAAUAAGUCAAAUGGCUUUCGUCCAGCUCGUAAUAGGCGAAAAAAUAAACCCUGUCGAGCUGCAGAAGUAGGUGUGGAUUUGAGACUGUUUUAG